AUGGUUGGAGGUGUUACCGUGGCUACACUCCUAUCGGGAUUAGAAAACGUUUUAGCAGUAAAAUGGUUUUGUGAGGCUCAUCUACUUCACCUUGGCCAUCAAGUCAAGCUACCUGGUCUUCCAGACAGAGCUGGAGUGGCUGUAGACCCGGAAGUCAGUGAUCCAUUCAUGAAUUCUCUGCAGCUCAAGCCAAGACAGAGUCGCAGAGAUUCGGGAGAUCGGGUCUUGGCGGAAGUAGGACGGAUUGCAGAACCGAGCUCAAGCGACAUUUCUACUUCAGCCGGGCUCAGGAUCGCGCUGAAGAAGAUGAGUUUCAAGCAUGCGAGAAAAAACAGAGUGGAAAUGGAGUAG